AAUCUACCUUUAAGAGUUAUGAUCACAGGAGUGGAAAGCAGAGGCAGCAGGUCGAGGAAUCAUUACAGAGCUGUCAAACCCACAUACCCGCUACAGCUGCCUGCAGCACGGAUUACCGGGCAGGAUCUUACUGCACUUUGGAAAUACUGCAAACCGAGCUUUAACCCACUGCUGGCCACGGAGCAAAACGGUGAGAGGCUGUUUCAGCUGGAAUUUGACUGAACUGUGGGUGUUUUUAGUUUUUUUCGGGUAGGAACUAUGCCGUGCUGCCGUUAUGGCUGCCUGUUUCUUGGAUCUGUGCGCUGCAAAAAUGAAAAAAAAGUUCAGCCAGCGUGAAGUCUAAACAGUUCUCCGGACUUGAAAAUGAUUAGUUUGAAUAUAUAAUUUUGUUGUUUAAAAGCUACUUAGAAAACUGGAACAGAGGAAUAAUCUGAUUUUUUUGUGCCUGUCAGUAGCGUUCUGGUCUAGCAUCACAACACACGAAGUCACCUGGAAAUCAAAAACUUUUUCCUGGAAUUCAAGGGAACUUUGACUUCCACUGAACAAAGUGUUGAUAAAUUCACACCUCAGUAGUUAAAAAGUUGAAACGCACAUAUGAUUUUCUUUGGUGAUAUGUCGCCGACUGUUCAGUAAUUUCUUGUGUAAAUGUAUCAAAGAUAGCUGCAGAGGUUAGUUAACUCAUUUGAUAGGACUGAGUGACUUUAAGCUGCAGCUCUCAAAGUCAACAGUAGAACAGUGUUGACAGCCUGUGACUUUCCCCUAAAGCUUAUACAAAGCAGGAUUUGACUUGUAGCUUGAAAGAGAAACUUUUUAGCGUUUCAUGCCACCAAUGAAGACAGAAAAAAAAGAAAGAAAUAGACGACUUCAACUCAGUGCCACACCAAUAAAAAGUGAUUGAUUCCUCCUGAGACUUUGAUGACAGUAAUUUCCUUUGAACUGGAGUGAGCACAGUCAUCCACUCAUUUGUAUAAAGUACCCUAGCCAAACUACGGGUUCCAGUCACAUCAAAUACAGUAUGGAAGGCGUGAGUUUCUGUUCUUUAGAAAGUUACUGUAUUCACACUCACACAGGAGUCUCUUUUUCCUUGAUUUAAAGUCAUGUCAUUGUGAAUUAUGAGAACUGUGCUACUCUGUUUGUAUUGGCGUUUCUUUGGUAUGUGAUUGAUUGAUAUUUGAAGUAAAGGAACUACAGUGUACUUGUCUUGUUUCUUUCAGGAUGUCAGUGUGGUGGUCAGAGAUGGGAGAGGGUCUGGGGCCGCUCUCCCCUGUAGGAUGGUAGCCGACAGCACUGUGGAAGAUCAUGACAAGAAGCCAUUGUCAAGCUCCUCUUCUUCCUCUUUAUCAUCAUCCUCUGCCUUGUCUUCUGCCUCAUCCUUGUCCUCAUCCUCUUCCUUUUCCUCGUUGUCCUCAUUGUCGUCCUCUCUGGCCAGGCAUGAUGAUCUUGCUCUGAGCCCUCAGCUCAUUGAAUCAGAGCAGUUCCAGAAUCAGGCUGCUCCAGGUCUGAGCCAAAGAUUGCCAUCUGUCCCCUCCAUCUAUCGCACCCACUUCCGCACCUUCAGCUCUCAGGAGGACUGUAAAAUCAUCACAGAAACUGCAUCCAAGCUCGAGCGCAGUGGCUUUUAUUGGGGCCCCCUUGGAGUAGAGGACGCUCACCGCAUGCUAAGGGAAGCUCCUUUAGGGAGCUUUCUCAUCCGUGACAGCCGCCAGAAAGACGUCUUCUUCACGCUUUCCUACCACGCCAAAAGUGGCCCGGUCAGCAUCCGCAUUGACUAUAAGCAGCAAAAAUUCUCACUGGCAGGAAACGAGCGCUGCUUCCCAACGCUCUUUGCCCUCUUGGAGCAUUACAUCAAUUCUCCUAAGAAAAGCCUGAGCGUCCCUUACAGGAAAUGGGAACCAACGCUGCAGGAGCUGUGCAGGAAGCGCAUCAUAGAACUGUGCGGUGGUGGAAGCCGUGUUCAAGAACUGCCGCUGACACAUGUUGUCCAGGACUUGCUGUUGGAAUUCCCUUACAAACUAUGACUAGUUCACCUUGUGAAGUUUUGGUAAUCCUUCUCUUAAUUUCAGGGACACAGCUUCUACCAAGUAACAAGUGUUUGGUAAACCGACAUCAUCAUGUGCUGGAUGUCAAGACUGUCCUGCUGUGGUUGCAGACAAACACAGCUCCAUAUGUUGGGCUGAGAAGUUGCAAUAUGUUUCAGGAGAGACUCAGUGACCUCUGCUGGACCAGGUCAAUGUGUGACAUUUCAACAUCCAGUACUUGCAGGGACUCAGCUCCCACUUGCACACAAACUGAACUACUUUUGGUCUCAAGAUUGCACCAAAAGUUGAAAACUGCUGCAUUAAGAGGAAACUUCAAACACAAUGGAGUUUUUUCAGAACCUUCAGAACUGAAGGAGUCACCUUUGACUUUGUUUGAAGAAACUAUAGGGUCUGUUGUUUUCUGUUUGUGGCCUUGUGCAGAAUGGGAUGGUAGGAGAGCUGUAGGAGUAUCAGCAGAGUGGACUUUUAGAAGUAUCACAGCCUCUUGGGGCCCAUGGCUGAAACCAUCACGGGUGAUACCAGGGCUCCUGUAGCAGAUUUUUGUCAAUAAUACUCUAAUGAUGUUGAAUGUUUACAUCACACACGAAUGUUGGUCAACAAAACUGACUGAAAACCACUUUGAAGUCUAUUCAAAACCUGACUGUUCCUUUGUUCAAAUUUUAUGUUGAGGAAACUGAAUUGUACUGUAUUAUGAGGCAGCUCACCUCGUGUCCAACAUCUCUACCAAGCAGAGAACUUUUUCACUGAAAUGACAUAUUUUUGUUCUUUACUAUAUACAUAAUAAUAUUUGAAAUAAAGUAUUUAAAAUGAC